AUGUCGAGAAGAUCCGGUGAAAAUAGAGCUCCCCAAUCAGAUGACGGUGAUAAUCAGCUGCUGCAUAAGAGGAUAAGACAUUUUUAUGACCAAUUGUAUACUGUGAAGGAACAAAAUGGUAUUGAAAUAUAUCCAGUUUUCAUUACAUUACCAACUAAAAAAGACUAUCCUGAUUAUUAUGCAUUGAUUACAAAACCCGUGUCUAUUAACACUUUGAAGAAAAGAGUGCCACAUUAUACAGAUCCGCAGAACUUUAUUAAUGAUCUUGCACAGAUGAUUUGGAAUGCAAAAGCUUUUAACGAUGAGGGCUCAGAAAUUUUUAAAUAUGCUCAAGUACUAGAGAAAUAUGUACGUGGAACAGUAUUUGAAAAAAUGAAAGAAUAUUACCCAGAGAUUUCAUACCCCAAUUUAGGUUUACUACCUCAUGAAUUGGAGGCAAAAGGGUUGACAGUAAAAGAUGUAAUUAAAAAGGAGAAAAAAAUUAAAGAUGAUGCAAAAGAGCCUAAUACACAACAAAAAAUUAAUGCAACAAAACUAUCAACUAAUAACAUCUCUCAAACUAAAACAAGUCAUAAAUCAAGUAGUAAUAUUCCAAACUUACAAAGGAAACCAAUCUAUACUAAUUCUGUGAAUACCUCAAAUAAAAUAAAUACUGCCGAAUCAUCUCCAACACCCAGAUAUUCGCAAUCAGCAAGUCCAAGACCACAAAAACAAAUCAAAAAACAUAUCAAACGUGGUAGACCUCCCGUAAUCGAUUUGCCAUAUGUACAAAGAAUGAAGAACGUUGUUAAGUAUUUAAGAAGAGAACUUGAUGGGAACAGAAGACCAUUGACCGCGCCAUUCGAAAGAAUACCCACCGAUAAUAAUGAUAAUACUGCUGAUUAUCUUUCCAUAAUAUCAAACCCAAUGACUUUAGAAGAUAUAUUCAAAAAGAUUAAAACUAGAAAAUACAAAGACUUUCAAGGUUUUCAAAAUGAUAUCAAUUUAAUGAUUGCAAACUAUAGACAAUAUUACAGGUCAAAUCCACAAUUAAUACAGUUAGCAAACUUACUAGAAAAACAAUACACAAUUUUUGCUCGUCAUGAAUUGUCAAAACCAGAUACUGAUUUUAUGCCUGAAGGUGAAUUACGUUAUCCAAUAGAUGAAGUAAUUGUUAAUGGUAUGAAGUACCGUAUUGGUGACUGGGCAUUGAUAAAUAACCCAAACGAUGUAACAAAACCAACGGUAGGUCAAAUAUUCAAGCUAUGGAAGACAAGUGACGGUCAACAAUGGUUAAAUGCAUGUUGGUAUAUUAGACCGGAACAGACUGUCCAUAGAGUCGACAGAUUAUUCUAUAAAAAUGAAGUAUUCAAGACAGGUCAAUAUAGAGAUCAUCUAGCUUCCGAAUUGGUUGGUAAAGGUUAUGUGGUUCAUUUUACAAGAUAUCAACGUGGUGAUCCGGAUGUCAAGCUUGAAGGUCCUUUAUUUGUAUGCGAGUUCCGUUACAAUGAAAAUGAUAAUGCAUUCAACAAGAUUAGGACCUGGAAAGCAUGUUUACCAGAGGAAAUUCGUGAUCAAGAUGAAAUUACUAUUCCAGUUAACGGUAGAAAAUUUUUUAAAUAUGAAUCCCCAAUUAAACAUCUGUUACCACCUAAUGCUACUAUCAAUGAUCCACCACCUGAACCUACUCAUGGUGUACCAAAUAACCCACCUAUUGUCGGUGGUGUUUUCAUAGGGCCAAAGUUAAAACGUGAUGAUUUAGGUGAAUAUGCAUCAUCUGAUGAUUGUCCAAGAUACAUAAUAAGGCCUAACGAACCAACUGGCGAAGGUAAGAUCGAUUAUGAGACUGGUACUUUAACUACAACUGCCAUUACCGCUACUGGUUUACCUAGGACGGUACAUCCACCACCUCGCUUAGCAGCUAUGAAACAAAACGAGUUAAAUGGCCACAGUGGUUCUGGUACCCCAAUAAGCGUAAGUGCAGGUCAAUCUUUUUAUCCAACCGGAUUCGGACAUGGGUCAUCUUUAGAUAAUAAAAGUUAUUCACCACUUCCAUAUCCUCUACCAUUUGAUUCUAACCAUAAUGCAAAAAAUAAUAACAUUACUGUUCAAGGUUUAAAACAGCGUCAAGCUUUUAGAAUGCAGCAACAGCAAGAACAGAACCAGCUGAAUAAAAAAUCUGAAGCCUCAAGUUAUAAUUUGACUACGAUUGUUAACAAUUUAACCUCAAGAGCUUCAAAAAUUAACUUGGGAAAAAUCGUAGUUGAUACACCUAAUGCUUAUGUUCUUCCACUAACGAUAUCGAAGAAAAUUGAAGUUUUACAAAGAAGUGAUUUUGGAAACCAAUGUAGACUACUAGGUAAAGAUGAAGCCUUAAAGAAACAACCAAAAGGUGAUAUUCUUUGGUUCAAAGGUGUUAGUGUUUCGGUAGAAGAAAGAAUGUUAAAUUCUGGGUACCGUAACAUUAAUUCCAAUUUAAAUGAAUGUUUCGAAAGUGAUUUUAAGACACAACAGAGGAGAAAGAAACAAAAAUUAAAUUACGAAGAGAUCGAAGAGAAACUUGAAGAAGAGCCUGAAAGUAAUGAAGAUAAUAAUAUCCAAAAUACUGAUACAUCAAAUGUUUCAAACGAAGUCAGUCUGCCAAAGACUGAACCGGAAAGCGAGGAGAGCGAAGAAGAUAUUCCACUGAUCAAUGACAUUUAUUCUAAAGCAUAUUACCUUCCAGGUUCCUUUGCUCUAGGUCUAAAACCUUCUGCAAACUUCAUGGCAUUUAAACUAAAUAAAAAUCUAUCAUCAGCUCAAGAUUAA